UUACUAAUUUCGGUUUUAGUGUAAAUAAUUUAUAAGAUAAAAAAAAAAUAAAUAAAAAAGCUAAAACAAAAAAGUGAGUGCAUUAGAUACUACGUGAAAACGAACGACCAAAAAUUUUACAGUCGCCAGUCUGUUUUUCUUUCUUUUUUCAUUGCUGCUCGCACUCGUUGACUUUAUACGAAACACAAUAGAGCCGAUGUAUAGUUAUUGCUGAAGUAGUAGUGCAGCACAAAACAAAGCAACGAAUUCAUCGAUGGUGUAUGUAUAUAUAAAAUGUAUGAGUGUAGGUUAGAGAAGAAAUGUUCCAGCGAGUAAUAAAAUCAUAAAAAGUCAAUUUGACGAUUAUAAAUGGAGAUGUUUUCUCAACAAAAUAAAGUGCAAUCAACGAGCGGCUGGCUAGUUGAUUGGUAAUUUAAAUGAUGGCAGAUCACAUGGAAGAACCACCCCAGAAGCGGGUGAAAAUGGAUGAUAUCCUUCUACUUGAGAAAAACCUCCCUGAUGAGCUGGUGCUCACAAACAGCUGGGGAGAUCAAAUGAAUUCUGGGCCAGGUUCUGGUGGAGGUAGUGGCGGCGGCGCCUCUAAUCAUGGACUUAGUGUUAAUGUAGUAGGAGGACCUAACAAACCUCCUGCUCAAGGGCCCGGUCCAGGCAACGAGCCACAAAUGAAUGGCUCUACAGAUGAUGUCUCCGGUGCCACAGGAGCUGGAAGUACUUCAUUGCGUCAGUUGCACCAUCACCAACAUUUGCAGCAUCUAUUACAGCAGCAGGGGAAUAAAAAUCCUGGAAUGGUGGGUAAUCCCAUGGGAGGAGGCGGCAUGAAUCAACUUGGUAGCAAAUCUCCAAAUUUACAGUCACCGAAUGCUGGUGGCAUGCAAGUAAAUGUAGGCGGAAUGGUCAACUCGAUGCCAAUGUCUAUCUCAAAUAAUGGCACGCAAAUGAAUUCAAUGCCAGCAAUGAACACAAUUGCUCAAAGCAAUAUGGGUAAUAUGGUCCUUACUAAUAGCGGGAUGGCUGGUAUAACAGGCAGUGGUAAUUGUAUGAUUAAACCCCCAAUCAGCAGUGGACCCGGUAAUAUGAUGAGUUCAGGUCCGGGUGGUGUUGGGCCUGGUAAUAUGGGACCUGGAGUUGGUGGUCCUAAUCAAAAUAUGCACAUGGGUGGACCUAAUCAUCCUCAGGUGAUGCAAAAUGGCCCCAUGAUGCGUAUGGUAAAUCAAACGCAUUUGAUUCGUGGACCAAAUCCUCAUAUAAUGGGAGGUAGUGGGCCUGGAGGCGUUGGCGGUGGCCCGCGGAUGCAAAAUCCCACAAUGGCUAUGGGACAAAUGAACAACAUGGUUGGCAGCGGAGUUGGUCCAAAUGGGCCAUAUGGUGGAGGAGUUGGGGUUGGGAACGUUGGCAAUUAUGGGGGUCCAGGAGGACCGCAGGGUGGCAUUAACGUCAAUACAAACAAUCCCCAACAACAAAUGCUAGCUCAGCAAAUGGCAGCACAGCAUGGUGGCGUGCCACCUAAUAUGACGGCUGCUAUGCAACAAGGUAAUCGUGGACCAGGUGGCGUACCAAUUGGCAUGGCCGGUUCCGUUGUAGGAACUGACGGUGCAAAUACUGGCCUAAUCGGUCAACAACAGCAGCAACAGCAGCAGCAACAAAUAAACGCAGCACAAAUGAACCCGAAUCAACAGCCAAAUUCACAAGCUGGCUUGAUGGGAACUGCUGGUUUGGGCAUACGACCAGCACAAGCGGGCUCAGGGCCGACAGGGCCGCAGCAGAACACAAUGAUGUUAACGCAGCAACAGCAGCAACCGGGAACUUCACAACAAGGGGGUAAUACUGCAGCUACCGCGGGCGGCAGUGGGACUAGCGGAUCAGGGAGUCAGCAACUAAGUGACGAACGAAAAAAGCAAAUACAACAGCAGCUUAUGCUCCUUUUGCAUGCACACAAAUGUGCCCGUCGCGAAAGCCAAAAUCCCAAUCGCGAAAAAUGCAAUGUUCCCUAUUGCAAACCCAUGCAAGAGGUGCUGACCCAUAUGGCAAAUUGUAAGCAAAGUAGAGAUUGUAAUGUGCAGCAUUGCAUAUCGUCAAGGCAAAUACUGUUACACUACAAAACUUGUAGUCGAACUGAUUGCAUUAUUUGUUAUCCUUUCCGUCAAAAUCACGCUUUCCCAAACAACAAUCCAAAUGCUGCUGCUUCUAACAAUAAUGCUAAUCAGCGCCAACAGCAGGGCCAACAAAAUGUUAAUGAUAAAUCGCAAGGCGGUGUCGGUCCCCAACAAAAUGCUUCCCAGCAGAACGCGAACAAUCUUCAACAAGGAGCUGGGGGACCUAAUGUCGUAGCUGGUUCUGUGGGAAUGACCGGGGCAGGGCCUAAUCAGGGACAAAUAAAUAUGAAGCCCAACGCAGAUAUGAAUCAACAACAAAUGCAGAAUACACCAAAUCCAAAUCAAGAGUUACGAAGAUUCGAAAGUGUUGGAAUGCAAGGCUCAGUGGGUAAUGCUGGUGUGCCGGCAAACAUGUUGCAAGGAAGUACUGUUAAUGCUCAACAACAACAAAUGCAAAGAAUGACAGUUGUACCCCCCAUACGUGUGAUGUCUGCGCCAAUUGGUGGACCUAGUAACAUAGGUGGAGGAAGUAGCACUGGUAGCAACAAUGUCCUUGUAAACAAUUUGUUAAUUGGCGGUGCUGGGGGCGGCCCGGGACCAGAUACUAUGCAAAAUCCACAGAUACAUCAACAACAAAUGAUCAUUCAGGGUAAUGCAGCCAGCAAUCAGAUACCACGAGGACGUACACCUAGAUUAUCCGACUUGUUAGCACCUGGAGCAAAAGUUCCCGUAGAAUUUCAACUACAGCAGGGUGCAGUUAAUCAGCAACAACAACAACAACAACAACAAUCUAACAUUCCCUUAUCGGUAAAUGUGCAUAAUUUUAACAAUUCCAACUUUAACAAUCAACUAAGUGGCGGAAACACUGGCGAUAUAAGCGGCCCCGGUGCGGGGGGACCACCAAACAAACAACUAGCAACACAAGAAAUGGCUAAAAUGAAAAUGCAAAAUCAAGCGGGUGUAGGCGGAGCAGGUGUUACAAACGCAACAGUAAACAAUGCGGUGCCUGGGAAUGGGGGAACAACUGGUGCUAUAGGAAACGUUUCCGGACCAGUUACAGGGAGUGUCAUAACUGGUGGAGUGGCGUCAACUUCCCAGACGGGACCUUCAUGCAGCAAUAAUAAUUCUGGAGCUGAAAAUGAAAAAGAUUGGCGUGAAUCGGUAACAAGUGACUUGAGAAAUCAUCUAGUCCAUAAACUUGUACAAGCAAUCUUUCCCACAUCUGAUCCAGCCACUAUGCUUGAUAAACGCAUGCACAAUUUAGUAUCGUACGCCGAAAAAGUUGAGAAAGAUAUAUACGAAAUGGCCAAGGAUCGUGAAACAUAUUAUCAAUUGCUUGCCGAGAAAAUAUUCAAAAUACAAAAGGAACUAGAGGAAAAACGAUAUAAAAGGAAAGAGCAACAGAUGCUUGAAAUGCAGCAGCAGGAGCAGCAAAAUUCUUCAGCUGGUGGUCCUGGGCCAAGCAAUGUUUCAUUAUCAAAUGCAGGUUCUGGAGUUGCUAUUGGCGGAAAUCAACCACAACUCCCGCCUGGCCAUCUCGGCCUUCAACAGCAAGCGCAACAACAACAACAACAACAACAGCAGCAGCAGCAGCAGAUAAGACCAAUGAUCAGUUCGAUGGGUGGAGUCGGACCUGCAGCUGCUGCACCUAACCAAGGAAUGCCUAUUGGCGCAGGAAGUAUAAUGCAACAGCAAUUAAGAGGACAAACGUUGGGUAAUGUGGGCGGUAUGAUGGCUGGCCAAACUGGCCAAAAUAAGGCAGGUAUGCGUAGUCAUUCACCAGGUGGAAAUAUGCUGGCGAUGCAACAACAGCAGCGUAUGCAAUUUACACCCCAACAGGGUAAUAUGCUCGUUGGACCUCCGGGUCCCAGCCCAGGAAAUAAUAGUAUGGGAAGUGGAAUUCCGACAUCACAACAAAACAUGGUCGUUCCCAACCCAGUAUUGUCCCCAUUUACGGGUCAAGCAAUGCAAGGUCAAUCUAGUACGGGAGGUGUCGCAACCGUUCUCACUAGUCCAGUGCCAGGUCAACAGCAGCAGUUUAUUAAUACCAAUGGUGGGACUGGAGCUCACACUGCGCAACAAAUAAGUGAAAUGAUGAAGCAACGGUUGUUACAUCAGCAACAGCAGCAGAGUGGAAUGCUUAUGCCACAAUCACCAUUUAAUGGCGUAAAUCAGUUACAACAGCAACAAAACACAUUCACUUCGCCAAUGUCACAGCAACAAAAGCAAAAUAUAAAUUCGGCAGGGUUAGGCAAUAUGCCACCCACACCCACGAGUAUAGAUUCACAACCUGGUAGUGGUGCGGGACCGACAAGUGGAAGUAAUGCCAGAGUUGUUGGAGGUGGAUCUGUAGGUGUCCUGGUAUCGGCGCCUAGUCCAUCACCAAAUUUUAUUUCUAAUGGUCCUUUAGGAACUCCAUUAAAUAAUCCGCCAUCAGUGCCGUCAUUAAUGCAAUCAGUCGGUGAUCGUGGCAAUACUCCACCAAUCCAUCCCGCUUCACCAACGUCGUCUACUACGGCGUCAAUAGUUGGAGCUACGAGUAUUCAACCACCGCUUACGUCAACUCCAUCAUCUAUAUCUGUUAGUACACCAUCAACGGUAUCUACCACAACUUCCGCCUCAAUUUCUACCUCAGCGGCAGCGUCGGCAGGAACGGCUGUAAUAUCAUCUGCAGAAACUGUAUCCGCCAUUGGAAUAGCGGCACAAAACCAGCAACAGGUGUCGUGCCUUGGUAAAGGAGGGGCUGCUGGGACGACAACUACCUCAACCACUAGUACAUCAAUCGUUUCCUCACGACCCUCCCAAAGUAGUACUAGUAGUUUAUCGUCUCAGAUGGCAGCUCUUGAGGCUGCAUCGCGUGACAACGAUGACGAUCCGCCAACAUCGCCCAACGGUGACUCUCAAAACGCUGGCGGUGGUAAAAUGUCAAAAGGUAAAUUGGAUUCUAUUAAGCAAGAAGAUGACAUCAAGAAAGAAUUUAUGGAUGAUGGCAACGAAUGUGACUCUCAACAAGAGUCGUCAGCCGGAGUUGGCAAAAAUGUCAACAAUGACGGCACAGUUAAAGUAGAAUUGAAAAUCGAAGAAAUUAAAAGCGAACCAAUGGACGUCGACGAAUCUCAUACUAAUACAACUGGUGUUGAUUCAUCGUUGGGUGCUUCUGCAACUGCCACAGACAAUAAAGAUGAUAUCAAACCAUUGGUGGACGGUAAUAGCGGAACAGGUAGUGACAUCAAAGUAAAAAUCGAACCCAAACCCAUUAUACCAGAACCCCUUGCACCUAAUGCAGGCGAUAAGAAGAAAAAAUGUGUAUUUGAUCCAGAGGAAUUAAAACAAGCAUUACUGCCAACACUAGACAAACUUCACCAACAUGAACCUGAUUCGGUACCAUUCCGCGAUCCCGUUAAUCCACAACAGCUCGGUAUUCCCGAUUAUUUCGAUAUUGUUAAAAAACCGAUGGACCUUGGUACCAUACGCAGCAAUUUAAUGAACGGUAAAUAUAGCGAACCUUGGGAAUAUGUAGAUGAUGUGUUACUGAUGUUCGACAAUGCAUGGCUUUACAAUCGCAAAUCAUCAAGAGUUUAUAAAUAUUGCACUCGACUGUCAGAAGUCUUUGAGCAAGAAAUCGAUCCAGUUAUGCAGGCUCUGGGCUACUGUUGUGGUCGUAAAUAUACAUUCAAUCCUCAAGUAUUAUGCUGCUAUGGCAAACAACUAUGUACUAUACCAAGAGAUGCUAAAUAUUAUAGUUACCAAAACAGUCUAAAGGAUUAUGGUGUCGCCUCAAAUAGAUACACUUUCUGUCAGAAAUGUUUCAACGAUAUACAAGGUGAUACUGUCACGUUGGGCGAUGACCCUCUACAAUCACAAACGCAAAUCAAGAAAGACCAAUUUAAAGAGAUGAAGAACGAUCAUCUAGAAUUAGAACCAUUUGUUGACUGCCAAGAGUGCGGCCGUAAACAGCAUCAAAUCUGCGUACUCUGGCUGGAUUCGGUCUGGCCGGGCGGCUUCGUUUGCGAUACUUGCUUACAGAAAAAAGAUUCAAAGCGUAAAGAGAACAAAUUUAACGCGAAGCGUCUACCCACCACCAAACUAGGCCUUUUUAUUGAGACUCGCGUUAAUAACUUCCUUAAAAAGAAGGAGGCUGGCGCUGGCGAAGUGCAUAUACGUGUAGUUUCAUCGUCCGAUAAAUGCGUGGAAGUAAAACCAGGCAUGCGCAGGCGGUUCGUUGAUAACGGCGAAAUGGCUUCUGAAUUCCCUUAUCGAGCGAAAGCUCUCUUUGCAUUCGAAGAAGUCGAUGGCAUUGAUGUAUGUUUCUUUGGUAUGCAUGUCCAAGAAUAUGGAUCGGAAUGCCCGGCGCCGAAUACGCGACGUGUGUACAUUGCAUAUUUGGAUUCGGUGCAUUUUUUUAGACCACGCCAGUAUCGCACAGCGGUUUAUCACGAGAUUCUCCUUGGCUACCUGGACUAUGUUAAACAAUUGGGAUACACAAUGGCUCACAUUUGGGCUUGCCCUCCAUCUGAAGGCGAUGAUUAUAUUUUCCAUUGUCAUCCUUCGGACCAAAGGAUACCGAAACCGAAACGUUUACAAGAAUGGUAUAAAAAGAUGUUAGACAAGGGAAUGAUUGAGCGCACGAUUCAGGAUUAUAAGGACAUUCUUAAACAAGCCAUGGAAGAUAAAUUAGCAUCUGCGGCCGAGUUGCCAUACUUUGAAGGUGAUUUUUGGCCGAAUGUUAUGGAGGAAAGUAUUAAGGAAUUAGAUCAAGAAGAGGAAGAAAAACGGAAGCAGGCCGAGGCGGCAGAAGCGGCUGCUGCUAAAAAUAACUUUUCAAUCGAGGACAAUGAAAUUAGCGGCGAUGGUAAAAAGAAGGGUCAGAAGAAAGCCAAAAAAUCCAAUAAAUCAAAAGCGGCUCAGCGUAAAAAUAACAAGAAAUCAAAUGAGCAGCAGGCUGGAAAUGAUCUUUCGGCGAAGAUAUAUGCGACUAUGGAAAAACAUAAGGAAGUAUUUUUUGUUAUUCGAUUGCAUUCGGCUCAAUCAGCCGCCAGUUUAGCGCCCAUACAAGAUCCUGAUCCAUUAUUAGCUUGCGAUCUAAUGGAUGGUCGCGAUGCUUUUCUUACUUUAGCCCGUGACAAACAUUACGAAUUUUCAUCGCUACGUAGAGCGCAAUUUUCUACAUUAUGCAUGCUAUAUGAAUUACAUAAUCAAGGUCAAGAUAAAUUUGUGUAUACUUGCAAUAAUUGUAAGACUGCUGUAGAAACUCGUUACCACUGCACUAUAUGCGAUGAUUUUGAUUUGUGCGCGCUAUGUAAGGAAAAAGUUGGUCACCCGCAUAAAUUGGAUAAACUUGGUUUCGAUUUAGACGAUGGUUCGUCGCCGGCAGAUCUCAAACAAGCGAAUCCUCAAGAAGCUCGUAAACAAUCUAUACAACGUUGUAUACAAUCACUUGUGCAUGCUUGCCAAUGCCGCGAUGCCAAUUGCCGUCUGCCUUCUUGCACGAAGAUGAAAAGAGUCGUGCAGCAUACGAAGAAUUGUAAACGCAAAACGAAUGGUGGUUGUCCUAUAUGUAAGCAACUCAUUGCACUGUGCUGUUAUCAUGCCAAGCAUUGCCAAGAGCAAAAAUGUCCAGUGCCUUUUUGUCCGAAUAUUAAGCAUAAACUAAAGCAACAGCAGUUGCAACAAAAAUUGCAGCAACAACAAUUGCUACGACGUCGUGUCGCUCUCAUGUCUCGAACCGUAACAGCUCCACAACCUCCUUUACAAGGUCCAGGAGGUGCCGGCCCAGUAUUAGGUGGUGUACCAGUAGCUGGUAUUGGAAUGCCUGCGGUUGGUGGAAAUCAGUCUGUCGUGCAAGGACCAACAGCAAUGAUGCCUACUGGCGCGGGAGCUAUGAGCCCGUCAACGGUACCAGUGCCUUCACCCGUUUCAACGUCAAUGGCCGGUGGAAUAACAUCGCCGCAUCCGCAGCCAGGCAUUGGUAUGAAACCUGGUGGUGGCCAUUCUCCGUCACCAAAUGUGUUACAAGUUGUUAAACAAGUUCAAGAAGAAGCUGCCCGCCAACAAGUGCCUCAUGGUGGUGGUUUUGGCAAGGGUGGCACUAUGGCUCCUCCAAUAAUGCAGCGUCAUCAUAUGGGUGUGGUUUCGAAUCAAACUAACCCAGGCAUGAUCGGAUCGGUUGGUAAUAUUGGCGGUAUGAAUAACGUGGGACAGAUGGGACCUUGUGGUAAUAAUGUCAUGGGUAAUAAUCUUUUGCCAAUGGAUCAAUGGGGAGGCAAUCGAUAUCCAAACAAUGUCAGCCAGGGUAUGCGUCAACCCAACCAAAAUCAAGUAUUGCAACAGAAUCCAAUGCAACAACAGAACAUGAUGGGAAUGGUUGGAGCAGGUGGCUCUCAACAAAUGACUGCCGGAGCCGGUAUUAGUGGAGUGACGGGUGUUGGUGGCAUGGGUGGAUCCGGAAUGGUUGGUAUGAGUGGUAAGCCGAUGUCUGGGCCUGGGAGCAUACGACCCCAAGGUGGCCAGCACGGACCCGUUGGUAACUCAGGUCAAAUGACGAAUGGUCCAUUAAAUACGCCCGCUCUUAACACCCACCAAAUUAGUCAAAUAAUGGAAAAGAUCAAAAAUAAUCCCAACAGUGAAUCCAAUGUGCAAAUAUUGAACGUCUUAAAACGUAAUCCGCAAAUUAUGGCUGCCAUUAUAAAACAAACCAAAAAUAAUCCAAAUGCUGGUGGCAACGGGCCACAACAACAGCAACAAGCCCAGCAACAACAUCAACAGCAGCAAGCUAUGCAACAACAGCAACAGCAAAUGCAACAUAUGAUGAAUCAACAGCAAAUGCCUCAAGCCAAUCAGCAAGUUAUGCUGCAAACUCAACAACAGACGGGUCAGCAUCAACGAAUGCCGAGCAUGCAAAAUCCUAUGAUGAUGCAGCAACAACAGGGACAAGUUUCGAAUACGCAAUGGUUUACUCCAUUGCGUCAAAUGGCAGUGAAUUAUCCUCCACCCUAUCGGCAACGUACACCGCAGCAAAUGGGUAGUGUUGUUGCGGCAGGCCAGCAAUUCGCUGGCGCUGGUAAUUUUGCCGGAAAUGCGGGCGGGGUUGGUGGGCCAACAGGGGGUCCUAUGCAACAACAAAUGGCCGGUUUACCUGGUGUUCAACAGCAACAGAUGAUGCAAGGUGGUGGAGGUAUGGGGGGCGGACCAAAUGUAAUGGGUCCGCCAACGCCACAUACUUUACAACAGCAAUUAAUGCAAACAUCUAGGUCAUCGCCGCCUAUACGUUCAUCAACACCAUCUCCACGAUCGGCGCCAUCACCAAGGGCCGGGCCAUCUGCGUCGCCUAGAGCCCAACCUUCUCCUCAUCACGUAAUGAGUCAUUCGCCCGCCCCUCAAGGACCUCAUGAUGGUUUACACAAUCACGGUGGUUUGCAUCCGCAUCAAUCGCCAUUGCCCGUAGUACCGCAAGAUGUUGGUGUUGGCGGUGUGGGCGGUGUAGUUGGUGGCCCUGGAGGUCCUGUUUCGGAUGCGUCAGAUCAGCUAACCAAAUUCGUGGAACAACUUUAGUGUAAUUAGCUAUCAGCGUCGGCUCAGUUUUUUGAUACCGGCAGACUUAAUGUAAAUAAUCUACCGCUGCAACAAACACAACAGCAACGUUACUAUUAAACAAGAAAUCGUAAAUUACUCUCCCGGGGUGUUUUAAAACAUAAAGCCAUUAGCCCCUGACUCGAGCUACUUAUCUUUCUUUUCUCUCCCCACCAGAGAUUUUAUUUCAAUUUUCUUCUUGUUUAAACAGAACAGCUUUGAUUGAUGUUGAUGAAGUGAAAAAGUCGUACUUUUAGAGGUACAACAAACAACUAUUUUUUAAAUAGGUCGCGUUUUUAAUUUAUUAAUCUACAUUUUUAUUAAUAUCUCUAUUUUAACAACAAAGCAAAAUGGGAAAACGAAUGACAAAUAGAAAACUAAUGUGUAAAGCUUAUGUAAAUAAUUUAAAUAGUACUCAGACGAAACAUUAACUUUAAAAUCGCAAAAGUAAAUAUGAAUGAAUAUGCAGCUUUAGUGUGUAAACCAAUCUACAUAUAUAAAUGAUUAUGUAUAUAAAAUCCUGUCAUCCCUCAAUCUUCAAUAAUUCUAAUUAAAAUUUAGUCAUAAAAAAUAUUAUAUAAAUUUUUUAUAAUAUAUUAAGGACUUAACAUGGAAAGUUUAUUUUAUUCGUAUAGUGUUACAAAAACAUAUGAUGAAGGAGAAAUGUAUAUAUGGGAAAGGAAUAAGAAUAAGAAUAAGUCUAAGCACAUCUGAAUGCAACGUGAGGCACUUUGUCUGUCGAGGCAAAAAAAUUUUUGAAAUCUUGGAAUAACUUGGGAAAUUUUUUUUUGUUGUUUUUUUUUCCUUCUUUUUGUGCAUUUGUUGUAUAUAGUUUCGCUCGAAAUACACAUAUAUAUAUAUAUAUAAAAUUUUGAAGCAAAAAAACCCUUCGCAAGCAAGUGCAUGAAAUAAUAAUAAAUUUCAAUCCAAAGAAGUCAGUAUGCAAUUAUCAAACUACGAAAAAAGUAUUGUAAAAACUUAAAAAAAAAA